AUGGCUUCGGAAGCAGCAGCAGCAGGAGAGCAGAACUUUGGAGCAAGCCAGAUGUCGGACGGGGAGGAGACUCUCACGCCGCUCGAACAAGAAGUCUUGGAUGAAUAUGCGCGGUUGUUGGGAAACUUAAAUACUCUCUCCUCCCUCCUGCUAGACCUGUCGAACAACCCCAGCGCUGCUAUACUGGACGGACUGCGCGGCCUGGAGCGGAAAACUAGUUUGGUGUUUACGCUGUUGAAAGCUAGUGUUUACAGUAUUGUGUUGAAUCAGCAGAUUGACACCGAGGGGGGCAGUAACGCUGGUGAUGACAACACUGAGUUAAGAGACUGA